GUUCCAAGCCAUGGGGUAGAGUUGGCCAGCCGGGAGCCUGCUUUCAGAAGGUAGUGUGGCCAGCGCGCGGUGUGUCGACUCUGUCGUGCAGAGAGUCGAGCUAGAGAGAGAAAAAGAGAAAGAGAGCGAGCGAAUAAAAAGAGGAGAAAGUAAGAAAAAAAGAAAAAUUUACCGAAACGUUAGAUACGAAACUAAAGAAGAACUGGUCCAUAAAUGUUUGAGUGAUAAACGAAAAAAGAACGAUUUUUUAUCGCAUUAUUCCCUAUUCGUCCUCAGUUUUUGCAUACACAUGUAAAAUUUGCGGUGGCUAAAUACUCGAAGAAAGAAGUUGCUCGUUCGCGUUCGGUUUUGCCGCCUAGUGUGUGUCAUACGUGUUUUCCAAUCGUGUGCGAGGCUCUCAACGAGAGUAUAGAUGAAAUAGAAAUUUCAAAGAAAAGGAAAACAAAUACGUGUUUCGUGGGAAGCCGUGCAUAAGACGUUUUGUGUGCGUGUGUUGUGUAUGUGUGCGGGCAAGUGUGUAUAUAUGCUGCGGCGUACGGGGCGUUGAGAGUGAGAGCGCGGCGUUCGCCGAGAGAAAAAGACGAUUCGGACGGCGUAACGUGCGAGAGGGAGAGAAACGAAGAUAGAUAGAGGGAGAGUGAGCGAAGCCAAGCAUCGUGCAAACUACCACAGCGGCCUUACCGAAAGAACGCUUAUUGUUUUUUUUUUUUCAUAUUUUUUUCUCAAAUUCAAACCCAAACAAAAAGAUAAAGACAGACGUUCCGACGAACGGAGGAAAAAAAGAGACACGAGAGCCAAGAAAGAGACAGAGCAAACGGUUAAAGGCGGCGCACUUCGGAAGCAUUGUGGUGCGCGCGUGUAAAGAAAGAUGGCGGACGCUGAUUCGAGGGUAGACCGGUCAGAUCCGGAAUUGCGUUACCUUUCCGUAGAUCGUAAUAAUUUCAACGAUCCGGCGACACAAGCGGAAUGGACUCAAAAAAAAUUGGUAUGGGUACCCCACGAGACUCAGGGCUUCGUCGCCGCUGGGAUAAAGGGCGAUCGGGGCGAUGAGGUCGAGGUCGAAAUUGCCGAAACCGGCAAGCGCGUACUCGUUACAAGGGACGACAUACAGAAAAUGAAUCCACCCAAAUUCGACAAGGUCGAGGACAUGGCCGAACUCACGUGCUUGAACGAGGCUUCUGUACUUCAUAAUCUCAAGGAUCGUUAUUAUUCCGGACUUAUUUACACUUACUCGGGCCUCUUCUGCGUCGUUGUUAAUCCUUACAAAAGACUGCCAAUAUACACAGAAAAAAUCAUGGAAAGGUACAAGGGCAUCAAAAGGCACGAAGUUCCACCUCACGUUUUCGCCAUUACCGACACUGCCUAUCGCUCGAUGCUUCAAGAUCGCGAGGAUCAAUCGAUUCUUUGUACCGGAGAGUCUGGCGCCGGUAAAACGGAGAAUACGAAGAAAGUCAUACAGUAUUUGGCCUACGUGGCAGCAUCGAAGCCGAAAUCAAACGCUACUCCGAGUCCAGCUUUGAUUAUUGGUGAACUCGAGCAACAACUUUUGCAGGCAAAUCCCAUACUCGAGGCGUUUGGUAACGCAAAAACAGUGAAAAAUGACAAUUCAUCCCGUUUCGGAAAAUUCAUCAGGAUUAAUUUCGACGCUUCGGGCUACAUCGCGGGUGCAAAUAUCGAAACUUACCUCCUCGAAAAAUCAAGAGCCAUUCGUCAGGCUAAGGAUGAGAGAACUUUCCACAUAUUUUAUCAGUUGUUGGCCGGUGCAUCCGCCGAGCAGAAAAAGGAAUUCAUUCUGGAAGAUCCAAAAAAUUAUCCAUUUUUAUCAAACGGAGCGUUGCCGGUGCCAGGAGUGGACGAUAACGCGGAAUUUGCAUCGACCGUCAAAUCGAUGAACAUAAUGGGAAUGACGAACGAAGAUUUUGCCUCGAUAUUCCGAAUCGUAUCGGCCGUGAUGUUGUUCGGUUCGAUGCAAUUCCGUCAAGAGAGAAAUUCCGAUCAGGCGACAUUACCAGACAACACAGUGGCGCAAAAGAUAUCUCAUCUUUUGGGUUUGAGCGUGACAGAAAUGACGAAAGCCUUUCUUAAGCCCCGUAUCAAAGUGGGUCGUGAUUUCGUAACGAAAGCACAGACAAAAGAGCAAGUUGAAUUCGCGGUCGAAGCGAUAUCGAAAGCUUGCUACGAGCGCAUGUUCCGUUGGCUCGUUAAUCGCAUAAACCGUUCUCUCGAUCGCACGAAAAGACAGGGAGCAAGUUUUAUCGGAAUUCUCGAUAUGGCUGGGUUUGAAAUAUUUGAACUCAACUCGUUCGAGCAACUCUGCAUCAAUUACACGAACGAAAAACUGCAACAAUUGUUCAAUCACACGAUGUUCAUCCUGGAGCAAGAGGAAUACCAGCGGGAGGGCAUAGAAUGGAAAUUUAUCGACUUCGGUUUGGAUCUGCAGCCGACGAUUGAUCUUAUCGACAAACCGAUGGGUAUAAUGGCGCUGCUCGACGAAGAAUGUUGGUUCCCGAAAGCAAACGACAAAACAUUCGUCGAAAAACUGGUCGGUGCUCACAGCGUUCAUCCGAAAUUCAUGAAGACAGAUUUUCGCGGUGUCGCUGAUUUUGCCAUCAUCCAUUACGCUGGAAAAGUCGAUUAUUCCGCGGCUAAAUGGCUCAUGAAGAACAUGGAUCCGUUGAACGAAAACGUCGUCAGUUUAUUGCAAGCUUCGCAGGAUCCCUUUAUCUGUCACAUUUGGAAAGACGCCGAAAUUGUUGGCAUGGCCCAACAGGCGCUCACCGACACUCAGUUCGGAGCCAGGACGAGAAAAGGAAUGUUCCGCACGGUAUCCCAGCUUUACAAGGAACAAUUAGCCAAAUUGAUGGUCACACUCCGCAAUACUAAUCCCAAUUUCGUGCGAUGCAUCAUACCGAAUCACGAGAAAAGAGCUGGAAAAAUCGACGCUCCUCUGGUACUCGAUCAAUUGAGAUGCAACGGUGUCCUCGAGGGAAUUCGUAUUUGUCGACAGGGUUUCCCGAAUCGUAUUCCCUUCCAAGAGUUCCGUCAACGCUACGAAUUGCUUACGCCCAAUGUCAUUCCUAAAGGUUUUAUGGACGGAAAGAAAGCUUGCGAAAAGAUGAUCCAAGCUCUCGAGCUCGAUCCGAAUCUUUAUCGGGUUGGUCAAUCAAAAAUAUUCUUCAGAGCUGGAGUUCUCGCCCAUUUGGAAGAGGAACGCGACUACAAGAUUACCGAUCUUAUCGUCAACUUCCAAGCUUUCUGUCGCGGCUAUCUGGCACGAAGAAAUUAUCAAAAACGCUUGCAACAGCUCAACGCCAUACGCAUUAUUCAGAGAAAUUGCGCUGCUUAUCUGAAACUUCGAAACUGGCAAUGGUGGCGCUUGUACACCAAAGUAAAACCGCUUUUGGAAGUUACGAAACAGGAAGAAAAGUUGACACAGAAGGAAGACGAGCUCAAGCAAGUCCGUGACAAACUGGAAAUGCAACUGCACUCGGCACAGGAAUACGAGAGAAAAUAUCAGCAAGCGAUUGAGGAAAAAACCAUGCUGGCUGAGCAGUUGCAAGCCGAAGUGGAGCUUUGCGCCGAAGCUGAAGAAAUGCGCGCUCGUUUGGCUGCCAGAAAGCAAGAGUUGGAAGAAAUCCUUCACGAUUUAGAGGCGAGAAUCGAGGAAGAAGAAGAGAGAAAUACCGCAUUGACACAAGAGAAGAAGAAGUUGCAGCUCAACAUAAGCGACCUCGAAGAACAGCUGGAAGAGGAAGAAGCGGCGCGCCAGAAGCUUCAUUUGGAAAAAGUUCAGUGCGAUGGUAAAAUCAAAAAGCUCGAGGAGGAUCUCGCUCUGUCGGAGGAUACCAAUCAAAAAUUACUCAAAGAAAAAAAGAUUUUGGAGGAAAGAGCAAACGACUUGUCGCAGACUCUCGCCGAGGAAGAAGAGAAAGCUAAACAUCUGGCGAAACUGAAAGCUAAGCACGAGGCUACGAUAGCUGAUCUUGAAGAGAGAUUACUCAAGGAUCAUCAACAGCGUCAGGAAGUUGACAGAUCGAAAAGAAAGGUAGAGACCGAAGUUUCCGAUUUGAAAGAACAGAUUCAGGAGCGCAAAGCUCAGGUCGAAGAAUUGCAGCUGCAAUUGGGUAAACGAGAGGAGGAAUUGAAUCAAGUGAUGUUGAAGAUUGAUGACGAAGCAGCGGCGAAAGCACAAGCCCAAAAAGCGCUUCGAGAACUCGAAUCCCAAUUGGCCGAGCUGCAGGAAGAUCUCGAGGCUGAAAAAGCCGCGAGAAGCAAAGCUGAAAAACACAAACGUGAUUUGAGCGAGGAACUCGAAGCCCUGAAGAACGAAUUGCUUGAUUCGCUUGACACGACCGCGGCUCAGCAAGAAUUGCGCAGCAAGAGAGAACAAGAAUUGGCCACGUUGAAGAAAAAUCUUGAAGAAGAAACUUCGGUGCACGAGGGAACGCUCGCCGACAUGCGUCACAAGCAUACCCAAGAACUUACCGCCCUCAACGAACAAUUGGAUGCACUGAAGAAAACUAAAGCGAGUUUGGAAAAAUCUAAAAGUACCCUCGAAGCCGAGGGCGCCGAUUUGGCGACCGAAUUACGCUCGGUCGUCGCGAGCAAACAAGAAUCUGAUCGUCGUCGUAAACAGGCGGAACAACAACUAGCUGAAGUCACUGCUAAACUGACCGAAGUAGAAAGUUCCAAGCAAGAGAUUUUCGAAAGAGUUUCGAAAUUACAACAAGAGUCCGAGAGCAUGUCCCAACAGUUGGAAACUGCGGAACUUCGUGCCGCAGCCGCUAUCAAAGCUUCCACCACUUUUGAAUCACAAUUCAAUGAAAUGCAACAACAACUCGAGGAGGAGACUAAGCAAAAACUUGCUCUGAGCUCCAAAUUACGCGCUAUCGAGAGCGAAAAAGAUGCUCUUCACGAUCAACUCGAAGAAGAGGAAGAAUCUAAACGCGCCUUGGAGAAACAAUUGCAAACCUUAGUCGUCCAGUUGGCCGAAGCUAAAAAACGCGGCGAUGACGAAGCCGAAGCCACUGCCGCACUCGAGGAAGCGAGAAAACGGAUCAUGAAGGAUAUGGAAGCUUUGAUGAGACAGGUAGAAGAACUCAAAGCUGCCAAUGACAAACUCGACAAAUCGAAAAAGAAAAUUCAGGCUGAACUCGAAGACAGUACGAUCGAGCUUGAGGUGCAACGUUCGAAAGUGAUCGAGCUCGAGAAGAAGCAGAAGAACUUUGACAAAGUAUUGGCAGAGGAGAAGGCGGUAUCAGAGAAAUUCGCUGAGCUUCGCGAUGCGGCGGAACGAGAAGCUCGCGAAAAGGAAACAAAAGUAUUGUCUUUGACGCGAGAAUUGGAUGAGUUGAACGACAAGGUUGAAGAGUUGGAACGCGGCAGGCGUGGAUUACAAGCGGAACUGGACGAGCUCGUGAACAAUCAAGGCACAGCUGACAAAAACGUUCACGAAUUGGAAAAAGCGAAACGAGUAUUGGAGCAACAAUUGGCCGAGCAGAGGUCACAAGUUGAAGAACUGGAGGAUGAGCUGCAGUGCACGGAAGACGCGAAAUUGCGACUGGAGGUUAACAUGCAAGCGUUGAAGGCCCAAUUCGAUCGCGAAUUGCAAGCUAAAGAGGAACAGGCCGAGGAGAAACGUCGUGGUCUCGUAAAACAAUUGAGAGAUUUGGAGGCCGAACUCGAGGACGAGAGGAAACAGAGAGCCGCAGCGAUAGCUGCACGUAAAAAGAUCGAAGCUGAUUACAAGGACAUGGAGCAACAACUGGAAAUGCACAAUAAAGUGAAGGAAGACGCUUUAAAACAACUGAAAAAAUUACAAUUGCAGAUAAAAGAUUGCACGAGAGAGACUGAGGAAGCGCGAACUGCUAGGGACGAAUUGGCUGCCGGAGCCAAAGAAGCUGAACGCAAGGUCAAAAGCCUCGAAGCAGAUCUUCUCCAAAUGACCGAAGAUUUGGCAAGUAGCGAGAGAGCGAAACGCGUCGCUGAGAAUGAGCGAGACGAGCUUCAAGAGGAAGUCAAUAAUAAUGCGAACAAAGGUACUCUAAUGCUCGAUGAAAAACGUCGGCUCGAAGCUAGAAUCGCUACUCUAGAAGAAGAACUCGAGGAGGAACAAUCGAACGGUGAAAUUCUCACCGAUCGUGCACGCAAGAGUCAAAUAACCGUUGAACAAUUGACCACGGAUUUAGCUAACGAAAGAUCCGCCACUCAAAAACUUGAGUCGCAGAGACUUUUGCUCGAACGACAAAACAAAGAGCUGAAAGCUAAACUCGCGGAACUUGAAACUAAUCAACGUGCUAAAACUAAAGCCACGAUACAAGCACUUGAAUCGAAGAUAUCAAAUCUCGACGAACAGCUCGAAACGGAAGCUAAAGAACGCCUUGCCCAACAAAAGAUUAAUCGCAAAUUGGACAAAAAACUUAAAGAACUUGGUUUGCAGCUCGAGGAUGAGAGAAGGAAUGCUGAACAAUUUAAAGAACAAGUGGAAAAAGCUAAUAUGAGAGUUAAGACCCUCAAGAGGCAACUUGACGAAACAGAGGAAGAACUCAGCACGCACAAAGUUCUCAAACGAAAAGCCAAGAGAGAAUACGAAGAAAUGGUCGAAUCGAAUGAGAAUUUGACUCGCGAAGUUGCCAAUCUCAAAACCAAGCUCAGACGCGGCGGAGCUCCGAUAAGUCUGAGCACGACGAGGCUUACGAAGAGAGGAUCAGUUCAAACCGGUGGUUCGGGUGACGAUUUGACAGUGCAAGACGACAGCAUGGACGGUGACGAGAGCGUGAACUGAAUAAAAGCGCCUAUUUUAUAUGCAACAUUAACUUUUAUAACGCAUAAUAGAAAAACGUCUAAUUAACGUGAUUUGAAAAACAAAAAAACAAUCGGUUAACGAAAGAUGCACGAGUCGUUGGCGAUGUUUCAUAUCCUCGCAAAACAAAACACAACACAAACGAAGUAUAAGACGAUCACCAGCGAAGUCGUACCGGAAUAAAAACGAUCGAUUGUGUUCGAGGGACAGACGAGAGCAAACGUUGUUAUUCUUAAAUUCGAUGAUAACGCGAAUCUUCCAAAAGUUGCGUGAUGGCGCAACGAAACAAGCAAAUAAAGCGAUUAUUUCUUUUUAUUUUUAUUAUUUUUUUUUUAAUUAUUAUUUUCAAGUGGAUAUAUAUGAAAUACAUAGAUAUAUAUUUAACCACUUCCCACAAGAUGCCAUCAAGAAGAAAGUGUUGAAAGAAUGUGUACAUAACUUUACAGCUUACUAACUAACCGCCGAGCGGUUCUAAUGCAAGAAAAAAAAAGAGAUGAGAAAAUGAGGAAAAAAAAACACAAAUAGAAAAAAAGAAAAGAGUUGCGUUUAAAUUUGUAAAUGCGAUUGAGGAAUUGUUGAACGCGGGGUUGGGUCGGAGACAGUAGAUGAAACAAAAAAAAGACAAACGAAAUGAGAUACAAAGAUGGAGGAAAACAUGGGCAAGUCGCUGCAUAAUUAAGAUUACACGAAUAACACACUUAGGUACAUCGUAAGGACAUUAACGUUUAUUAUAUUAUUUUAUUACUAUACUAUAUAUUGCGAAUCAAGCAUCAAUCCCGCUACACAUACUAUUACGAUAAUCGUUAAUUAUUUUAAUAAUUAACUCAUUAUUCACGAAAUGAGAGAAAAGUACGAAGACGAGAAUGAGAGCAAGGAAAACAAACAAACAAACGAAAAGCAACAACAAAUCUAACCGAUUGUUUAUCAAAUUUAUUUUCGUCAUUUUAACAAAACGUUUUUACAUUUCAAGAUUUAUGGUUUCUCCCAGUAUUCCUUUUUCUUCCCAAUACCAUAUAGGAAUUGUUCUUAUUUUAUGUUUUUUUCUUCUUUUUUUUUUAUGGCAAAAAUACCAUGGUUCUUCCAGAUGUUAGUGAAAAUGUUGGAAAAAAAGGAACGAAAAUCAAGAAAAAAUUGAUGGUCUUUUAUCCUGACGUACCCGCACAUGCAUUUAUAUACAUAUUUUUUGGCAUUAUAUAUAAUAUAUUAUAUAUUUAAUUGAACAUAGAAAUUAAGCUUUUCCCUCCUCAAAUUUAUACAUUGCAUUUGAGACAAAAAAGAAUUAAUAAUAAAAUUUAAAAAUCACUCCAAUAUUUUCAAUUAUUAUUAUUAUUAUUACUGAUUUCUCUCAUUGUACUUAAAGUAUUGCCAUUUUAUUUCUUUUUCAUACGUUAUUAUAUUUUCGUUUUUCUCGAUUUCGUUUGUGCCAGUUACUGGGAAUAGACAACUUACAAUCGUGGAUUCGGGGUGUCGAAUAACUUUUCUUUUUUUUUCCCCUCACAAACGUAAUCGAAUUGGGCCUUUUGUUUACGUUAAUGAACUGAGUGUGUCGUUAAAUAUUGUUGAUCAAUCAUGGAACGUACCGAAUGGGACACGAUGAGAAAUCAUUGAAUCGACUAACGCGAUUAUAAAAUGUAGAAAAAUCAAUGGAAAACAAAGAAAACAUACGAAAUUUUGUACGUGCAUUUUUGUAAACAUUUUAUGAAAACGAAAAAUGGAAAAAACGAAAAAAAAAAAAAGAAAAAACAAACGAAAUCUGUAUCCGCGUCGCAUUUUUACACGAAACAAUGCGAGAUUUGAUAUAUUUUUCAAGAACGAAAAACUUGGAGCGCAUGAGUAUACAAAUAUUGACGUAUAUAUAGAACAAUUAUAUAUUAUAUACUUGAUAGGCCUUUGCAACGAGAAAUACAUCAGAAAAAUGUGAAUUGAUCGAAAGAAACAUAAAAGUCGUAUAAUUUGUGAAUCACGAGAUAAUCGCAGGACAGAUUUUUUUCAUUAUCGCGAGAUUCUCGAUGAAUCGAGUGUGAAAAAGAUGCGGAAGGCUGAGGAAAGGGGAGAAAGCAAAGAAACGCGUGAAUUAUAUAUUCUCGAGAAGAUCAAAAAGAUAAUAAAACAUGAAAACGAAAUGACACUUA